UUUAUGCUAAGCUUAACGAAUCAGCUGCUGGCUAUAGUUCCAUACUGAAUCGACAGACAUGAGAGUGUAUAACUCUCAGCAAAACAAGCAAAUAAGCAUAUUUCUAUAAAUUAUGAAUUAUUCUUUCCUAACAGUCUUCAAAAGGAGCAAUCCAAACACCACAAAUAUUUCUGAAUCAAAUUAUUAAAUCAUAUAUAUCAUUCAUUCAACUGCUGAAAAUAACAUUUUUAUAAUAAUAUAUUACACCAUUACAUAGAAAAACUUCCUGCAGGAAUGUAAAAAAAUAUUGAUUUGUGUGAUGCAACAUCUGUACUUUUAUAAAGUACAGAAGAAAGCUGGUUUGUUUGCUUGGUUUUGUUUGCCUCUUGCAACAUUUUGUCCUGACGGAUGAUUGCUGAGAACAAACCAGGUCCUCGAUGAAUCACAGAGGGAAUUCUGCUGUGCCUUUCAGUGCUUAAAAGAUGAACUUGUGGAUACUCCUGACUUUCACUGCACUGGCUGAAUGCCUUCACCAAAAAAGAGGCGCCCACUCGUGCCCAGAUCACUGCUCCUGUUCCUUUCCACCUUCAGGCGCAGAGGUGGUGUGCAGCCAAAGCUCCCUUACACAUUUCCCUUUAAAUGGUUUACCCUCCAACACUACUCGACUGUCCAUCCAAUCCACCAUCCUCAGCAGUAUUACAGCCAGUCAUUUGAGUGUUGUGCCCCUUUUAAACAACCUCCAGCUGUACCACAACAACCUGUCAAGCCUUCCUUCAGAUCUACUGAGGGACGUUCCUCAUUUGGACACAUUGGAUCUGACGGGUAAUCAGCUGGUUCAUCUUCCUCCGAAUGUCUUCAGCUGUGCUUCACUUCAUGGUCUUGUGCUGAAGAAUAAUCUGAUUGAAAAAGCAGAUGCUGAGUGGUUUCCAGACAACAGUAGCCUGACUUGGCUGGACUUGUCCGGAAACCGUUUAACUGGUGUACCCGCUGCUUUGCUUCACAAGCUGCCCAACCUAGAGAGUCUAGACUUGAGUGACAACAAUCUGCAGGAACUACAACCUGACGCCCUAAAGAACCUGCACCGCCUCGAGUCACUGAAUCUCGCUGGUAACAAAUUAAGCUCCCUGAAUCCUACAAUGUUCACCCACAACCUGAAACUAUCCCAGCUGUUUUUUCAGGAAAAUCAGCUCCAAGAUCUACCAGCGACCCUCCUCCAGGGUCUCCAACAUCUUGAGCUUCUGCUGCUAAAUCUGAAUCAGCUGCAGAAUUUACCCUCAGGGCUGCUGGAGAACAGAAAAUCCUCUUUCCAGAUGAUCUUAACAGGAAACCCCUGGGUGUGUGAUGAGAGGAUGGAGUAUCUGUGGAAGUGGCUCACUGUCCAUCCUCAAAAUGUUUUCUUUUUGGAGGAGGUGACAUGUGCAGGGCCUGAAGCUCUUAAACAUCGGCAAGUGGUCUCUUUAACUGGCAGUGAGCUCGGACUUCACAAGAUUCAAAAUUUGUGAUGAAAAGAAAAAAAAAAGUGGAUCUUUUGCAUUUACUUUCUACAUUCCACUAAAAUGUUAUGUCAAAUUAUAAAUCAUUUACAUAUAUUUUACUGUAUCAAAGGGUAAAAUAAAACUUCAUGAUUCAUUCUUUUGUCUA